UCCAGGCGAGCUCGGCGGAGAUCGGUGCUGAAGCGGGGCGGAUGGCAGGAAAAACAGCGGCGCUGGACACGAUAACACCGUGGGAUUCCCAUCCACCAUGCCUCUAAACAAGCGUCGCGACGCCGCGUUUUCACACCCAUCACUGUAGGACAGUGACAGGCCAGCGGGAAGAGAUGCUGUACAUUCGCCUCCUCCUCUUCUCUCACGCGUAGAAAGGAUCCUUUUCCGUUGAGGUCCUAGGAAGCCGACGGCAACAGAAGCAGAACGGGGAAGUGAGUGAAGGAACCCAGAGGAGAGACGUCCUUCCACCUCACCCCGUCUCUCGUGUUCUUUCCUGUGCUACAGGGUCAGGGAUGGUGACACCAGUAACCUCUCCUCCUCGCCGUGGUAAAAAGUACCCCAUCGCCUCGUUCCGUAGCUCCAGCGAGCCAAUCAGCCAGCACGCUCAGACACUCCACCAAUCAGUGAUUCUGUCAAGCAGCUUGCCACCACCCAGCAACCGAUUACCUCACGCCAUGACUGCUUUGUCUGACCUGUGUUUAAGAACUCGUUAAUUCAUGCCCCACAGUGUGAGUGGAGUGGAGAUGAGAAAAAGGCAGGCGGCUCACAUCGAGGCCCCACCCCAGGCCCCCGGACAGCCCCGACCGAACACCUGCUGCCUUUGCUGGUGUGGCUGCUGCAAGUGUCUUUGGAAUGAAGAUAGAAUUGAGAGGAGCGAACGGCAAACCUGCACCAAGAUGGGCAGUAUUGAAGCUGUUGAAGAACAACACCCCAGUUUAGAAGAGCUGCUGUCCUGGGCACGGAGCUUUGAGAUGAUGCUGCGCUCGCUGGAGGGCCGGGAGAUCUUCCGGGAGUUCCUGCGCUCCGAGUACAGCGAGGACAACCUGCUUUUCUGGUUGGCCUGCGAGGAGUUAAAAAAGGAGACGAACCCCUCAGUGGUGGAUGAGAAGGCCCGGAUUAUAUACGAAGAUUACGUCUCUAUAUUGUCGCCAAAAGAGGUGAGUCUGGACUCUCGGGUUAGAGAAGGAAUAAACCAGAGCUUAGCGGAGCCUAGCAACACCAUGUACGAGGAGGCCCAGCUCCAGAUCUACACCCUGAUGCACCGGGACUCCUUCCCCCGUUUCCUCAACUCCUCCGUUUACAGAGACCUCCUGGCCAGCAGGAGGCGCACCUGCCUUGACACCUAAACCUCCCCACCGUUCGUCAUUGCCAACGUACUCCAACGAGACUACUACUUAAAACUGCAAAUACUACUAUGGUGCCAGAAGUCAGGUUUGGGGGGGAAAAAAAAGUCUCGCUCUUGUUUUGAUGAAAAAAAAAAAAACUUAAAUAACAUCCAAGAUAGCUGGUUGGGUCUUUUUAUUUUCUUUUAUUUAUAUUUUUUAAGCAGUUUUUAUCCAGUUGUUCACUGGAGCUAGGUCGAGCUUUCGCUGGCUGCUUAUUGGUCAGUUUUAGACCAUUAUUUGCGGCCAGUGAUUGUUUUGCUAGCGAUUUGAGCAGUUUUGUUUGAUUUGAGUGGCCGACUCCACCUUAACAGCGACUGGUUGAAUCAGUCGACCCUGCGGCCGAGUGUUGGUUGAGCGUGGACAAGGACUCCUCAAGUGACGAGGACCCCGAGACGGAGAGUGACAUAAAGGACAAACCCACUGAUCCUGUACUGUAAUAUUUGAACCUCAUUUUACCUUCACUCUACUGCUCUGUCUUUACUCGUCAGUCUUUUCUGUUAUUUCUUUGUUUUUCGUUUGAAUUUCUUUUUGAUUUAUACCUCCUCACUGUCCAAACAUGACACCCAGUGGUUGGUGGGAAUGGGAGAAUCUUUGCCUUUUUAACCAGUUGAAGCAUCGGCUCUCUCUGCAUGCAGCUCUCUCUCUUUCUCUACUGUAGCUUGACAGUAUAAGCCGCGGACUGCAACCUUUUCUGAGAGAUAUUAAGGCUGGCUGCUCCUGACUAUGUAUGUUCAGUGAAGGGGUGGAAAAAAGGGUACAUCUCUGUCAGUUUUAAGCUUACUGCAGUUUUUAUUGAGAUGUAAAAGCUGCUUUCUCCAACCCUUCCUCUGUCCGUCCACGUGUUUUGUCCGAGCACUUUCCUUCAUCUAACUGGGAGAAGUAAGGGCUAGAAUUGGGGUUGGGCAGCUACUUCUAAUAUUAUAACUUAUAAACUUCUCUCUGCUGAGACAAAAAUAAAAAAUCACAAUGCCUUUAUGUGUAAAGGAAGGCAGCAGAAGUGCUGCUUCAGAUCUGCUGUGAAGCAACUACAGUCUGUCCAACAAUCCCUACCUCCCAUUCCUUUUUUUUAUUUUCUCCCUUUCCUCUGACCCGCUUUAAGAUCCCCACAGCCUGAGAAGCACAGGUGCCAAGUUUGGGCCAAAACCCAUAAUGGAAAAAAAAUACAAAAAGACACUUACAGUACAUUGUCUCAAUGAGUUUUGUGGGUAGAAAACAGUAGCAAUCUCCUUGCUACAAGUGAAAACAACCUGCUAUUAAACCUUGAAAGGCUUCAGUUUUUGAUAUUCUUGUCUUUGACGUAUCAGAUUUUAGUGGAUUGGAAAACUGGGUGCCAAAUGGGACUUCAAACUUCCAGUGAGGAGGAAUCGGAUUUCUACUAGCCUGUUUUUUAGAGCUUGGGGGAAGACGACCGGUCUAAUAAUGCUGAAAUAGGACUAUCCCAGGCUGUUAAUGAAAUCUGCAUAGUCUUGCUCCAAUCAAGCCUUUUCAGCUGAAACCAAAAGGGUUUAAGCAUGCUGUAGACAAGCAGAUGAUAGGAUGCUUGUGCUAAUCUUCCCUCCCACUGCCAGCCCUCAAACACUCUGGUCUGUUUUUUUCUAAACUAUCUUGGAAAGCAUGCAGUUAUAACGUGUGUGAGUGCGUGUGAGAUACAGUAAAACACCGAACAGGAAAAUAAAAGUUAAAUUGCCAAAUGUCAUGUAAUGUUUAGCAUAUAAAUGGACACUUUUUUUUUUUAUAUGUGAACGUUUUAACGGAUAGAUUGUGGUGAGCCUAUGGAUUUGCAGAAGGUGCAUGAGUGCAGCAUAUAAUAUGCAGUUUUAAUGCAAUGAGCCUCUGUGUCCAUUGAUUUGAUGAAUAUAUGUCCCACAUGAUCUGGUCGUUGGGUAGAGCAGUGCUAGACGUGUCAAAUAAACGCUGCUAAUUACUUGCAGAUACACAGAGGCAUCCAUGUUGCUGCCUUCUCUUGCUACCUGAAGUUCUUGUGCCAAUCUGGAUCUGCAUUGAAGUGAAAAGACAAUUAGUUCUGACUGAAGAGGAUCAGGCAUGGGCCAUUAAUAUAACCAUAUGUGGAAACAGUAUUAACACAAAAACAAAGAAAAAAAUGCGUAAAUCUGUCAUUGCUUUAGUUUUAAACAGAAUAAUUUCCCCUGCCGUGAAAAUAAGACGAGUAAGGCUGUAUGGUUUUAGGAAAACAUUCUUCAUGCUUCAGUUUAGAGCCAGAAUCUCUGUUAAAUUCCAUCUAAUGGAACAAAGACAACCCUAGAAAGGAAGAUGCAGUCCAUAGCGUUAGAAGCACCAUAGCCUACCAACUAUAGCAUGCAUACAUAUUGUCCUUUUCGAACUCGUCACUCAUCAUCAAGAGGAUAAUUUUUCAAUAUGUUGUUCAGCUGUAGAUAUUAUGUUCUGAUUGUGGCUGUAAGAAAAGAAAAUACCUGGAACUUUCAACCAUCACAUGGAUUUUGAAAGUCCAGCCUUUUUUAAAGUGGUUUUCCGGAGUAAUUUCACUUCCCCAGGGUUCCAUGUUCAGGGAUAAGAGGUUCAGGGCUGGGUAGGACUUUUUAAGGUUACCCUGGGGUUGUUAGGGGGCAGGGUCGAUAUGGAUUGUUUUAGCAGAAGCUUAAGUAUGGCAAAAACUGUGAUUGAAGUUUGAUAUUUCACACCUUCUGUGGCCCAAAAUCAACUUUUAUAAUGUUUUCUUUAAGGCGAGAAUGUAGCUUUUUAAAACACAAGUGUCUGCUCUGUUAUUCAUGAUAUUAUUGCUCAAUUGCCAAAGGUCUCUGUUGUUGAGAUGUCAGUUGUCAAUUACAGCCGACCUGCUUCACUAGCUAUCAGCUAACCAGUCAGUCAAGACUCGCUAUAACUAGAGGGACACCUGAUUCUCAGAACAUAACUUCUAGUCUCCUGCAUUAAAUAAAGAUAUAAUUUAGUCAGGUGAUAUCUAACAGCUCUUGUUUUGUUUUGGCUUCACUGUGUCUGUGCUUCAUGCUGUCAUGGUUGACAGGCCACAGAAGUUACAGUGAGGUAGGGACGGAAACUGAGCAGUAGAAAAAUUCCCCGGGAUUCCUUUUGGUUAGAUAGAUUUUGUUUUUUAUGCCGUGUGUGCACGAUAAAACUCCUGACAGCCAAACUCUAAUCUUAGCACAGGGAGUUUUGUUUUUUAUUCAGCCUACUGAGUGGCUGUGCUCAGCAGCCAGAGAAAGACUGGUUUGAUUAAUCUCUUUUAUACAACCCGAGAAAACUCCAGUCACCAUAUCUUUUUUUUCUAGUCCAUGCCAGUU